CAAAGAGGGCUCCAGCCCUGGGAAAGAGACAAAAAUAUGUGAGAGAAGGAGGUGGGAUAGGGUUAAAAAAAAAGCUAGUGUGAUACUUCGAGGGUGAAAUCAGUUCCUAAGAAGCUGCAGCCGUCUUUGGGGGAAGGAGACCACCAGCAGAAGGCACUGGAGGUGGAUCUGGGGGAGAAGGAAAGCGGAUCCCAGAGAGAAUGAAGGAAGGGAAUUUUAUAACUGGGACCCUAUCGCCGACAGAGGAGAUUCCCUAGACUGGAGCAUUUGUCCUCCUGGAAAACCAGCGUCCCAACUUUUGUGCCAUUUUGUUGCUGCUUUGGCUCUUGUAAGAGCAUCACAAUAGACACUUCAUAUCUCACUGACCGGGGAGCUCUUGGGGUAGGAAGCAGCACAGGUUUGCUUGCGGCUGGUGGACUUUGCAACAGGGAGAUUCAUCUCUGAACCUCGGGGAGUAUGUCAGCCGUGCUGCAAGCCACCGACGGUAGCGCCAAGGAAAUGCCAUCCAGAACACUGACUGGGACCCCCAGCACAGAGAGCGGAGGAGAGAACGGCGAGACCUCUCAGUGCAAAUCGUCCGAUUCCAGCGGCGAAGAGGAGGCCAAUGUGGGCAAAAAGAAGCCACGGAGGCAGAGGACGCACUUCACCAGCCAGCAAUUGCAAGAGCUGGAGGCCACAUUCCAGCGGAAUCGCUACCCGGACAUGAGCACCAGAGAGGAGAUUGCAGGCUGGACCAACCUCACCGAGCCCAGGAUCAGGGUCUGGUUUAAGAAUCGGAGAGCAAAAUGGCGUAAGAAGGAGCGUCACCAGCAGUCUGAGCUUUGCAAAGGAGGCUUUGGGUCGCAGCUCAACGGCUUCCCUGGAAACCCAUACGAGGACCUCUACCCAAGCUAUGCCUACAGUGCCUGGGGUCCCAAGGGGCUCCAUGCCAACCCCAUCCAUGGCAAAGGUUUCCAGCUCUUCAACUCCAUGAACUUCAAUUCUACCUUUCCUUCCCAGAGCGUGUUCCCUGCCACCGGAGGAGCCUCUAUGUCCAGCGUCCCAGCUCUGGAGAACUUCAGCAGCCUGGCAAGCCCACCUGGGCCUCCUAGUUCAACCUAUGGACCAGGUGGUUCUUCACCGUAUAUGUACAGGGACCCCUGCAAUGCCAGCCUGGGCAGUUUGCGACUGAGGGCAAAGCAGACGCAGCCUCCUCUUGGCUACAGCACUCCGCCAAAUGCAGCCAUCAGCCCCAGCUCUGGGCAGUAUCAUCUGGACAGGCCAGUGUGAAGGAUGUCCAGAUGGGUGUCCCACCAAGACUGUUAGUAUUAGCCUCUGGGAAAGGGUUUGUCAUCCAUUGGUCCUGUAUAGAAGGUAAAUAGGAUGCCAGUCCUGAAAGACAAGGUACAUUUGGCUUCCUCCAUUGUGGACAUGCCGGUGUUCACUGCAAAACUUUCCUCCCAUCAUGGAACCAGGGUUCGUAAGAACAUCAAAAAAGCCCUCCUGCAUCCCACCAAAGGCCGAUCUCCUUUGGCAUUCUGGGUUCAUAUUGGCCAGAUAGAAGGUAGAGGUGCGGAAAAGCAUCCUGAAACAGCUAGAUUGGAAUGGCAAGGAAUGGUCUGCAGGGCUCCCAAGUGGAAAAAAUAAAUUGUCCUCCAAUGGGACAUUUUAACCAUGUUUAUGGGCCCUGGGAUAUGGCAGGAGGUGUGGUCCUCCAAGUUCCCCUGGGCAUCUAUUGCAGCCUCCAACCAUUGUCCACCCCUGUCCUAGAGACUGACGUGGCCAAAGGUGGCGGUCAGCCAAUGCCAUCCUGUGGGUUUCAUGGCCAUGGGAGAUUUGAACUCUGGUCUCCAAAAUCAUAGUCCAACACUCAAACCAUUACACCACAUUGGAUCCCCCCCCCCCAUUUUUUAAAGGCUUUGGUAAUGUUAAAUGUUUCCCUUUUUAAAGGAUUAUAAUUCCCAGAAUCCCUUGCUUACAAUGUUCGCCAAAGGAUUCUGAAAAUUGUCAUCCAGGAAAGUAAUUUUUCCAAACUCUGGUUUUAUGUUGUUAGUAGUGUGGAGGCAUGAGAGAUAAAAUGACAUCUGCAUAGCCGGACAUUUUAAGCCACAGUUUGCCAAGUGAUGGCCCUCCUGGGUACUAUGCACUGCAACUCUCAUCAGCCAUUGUAGCCUGAGCUACAAUCAUCAUGGGUCUUGCACUCUGCCAUCCUUGAGACUAGGACCUCAAACCACCUACCUCUGGUUUUUAGAAUUGCCAAGGAGAAUCACAAAGGAGAGGGACAAAAUAGACAUCUCCCAUAAGAAGAGGUGAAGGAAUUGUGGAGAAGCAAAGCUAACACAAACCAUGGAUGCUGGAGCUGUCUUGGCAGCCUAGCCUGAGUCACGCAAGUAGAUAUUCAUAUAUGCGCACAGCCUUGUCUAUUAUAGCAUCCUGAGAUAAAGACUCUUUUGAAAGCCAGAUUUUUUCAAAUUGUUGUUUUAUGUGUGUGCCAUGCGAUUCUUCUGAACAAUAAACCUAAUUUCUUUUCUAUUUCACUGCAAUACCAUGCCACUCUAAUCUGCUCACUAAACCUGUUAUUCUGCAUUUUGCGCUAAACCAGGAAUAGGGGUGUCCACGGAAGUGUGGGCAAAUGCUCAUGAUGUAAAAUGCCCUAUCGUUUCUGUUUCCCGAAAUGCAUUGCUACAUAUAAAUUCUAAGCAUCUUCAUUUUGACCUGGGGGCUUAUGCGGAAAGGUAAGUAUCUGGAAGUAUCGAGACUUUCCCAUUCUUUUCGUUUCGAAUUUACUUGAAUAUUCAUG